AUGGCGUACUCCAUGACGGCCAACGAGAAAUGGGAACAUGUAGAGCGGCGUCAGCAGCCUACUAUGAGGCAAGUUGUCUACACAUUCUUAGACAACCUCAAACUGCGAUUCGGGGAGGAGUCAUCGGAAGUAAUGAGUAUCCUGAAUAUUCUCGGCACAUUUCGAGAAGGACGCCUAUCAAAAAAGGACACACUCGUUGCAAUCAGGCUUGCGCUCGGAGAUCAAGCAGACCUCAAGCAAGAUCUCUUGAAUAUCCUCUUCCAUAAGGACGCAGACUGGGGAAUGGGCGACUUUGACUUCGGCUCGCAUCAGCCCUUCAGCCAAGGAAUCCCCAGCCCGCAAUUCCUACAGCCAGCUCACCAGCCUCAGAUGCGUCUGCCUCCAAUUUCUCCGUUGUGGUACGAGGCAAGCCAAAACUAUUCAUCUACCUAUUCCGAGGGAGUAUUCGGUUCUGGAGUUCAUGGUGUUGGUGGAUUGCCACUAUCUUCGUCGAUGCACCAGACCCCCGGCCAAUUCUGUCACCCGAACGCAUUCACCUCCCCUGUUUUGACUGAAUCUGCCAGUUUUGGUCCUCACAUGAGAAGCCAUGAAGAGGACAAGAUCCCUGAAAGGCAGCAACAUGGUGUAGAGAUCAUAACGCAGCGAAGUCGUUCUCCGUACAACUGGGAGGAUAUAGACCAGCCUAAGGAACCCAAAGCCUCUUACAGUCAGCCCUGGUGUCCUGUCGCCAGCAGUCCGAUGCCCGAUCAUGCGCAGCCUCUCGCCAGCAAUCACUUCGACUCUCCAUCUCUUUCUCGCGAAACUCACCUGUUUCCAAAUUCUUCGCCAGAGGAGGGGCAAGUGGCGACCACCAGCCCUUCCGUGCUCGGAGUUCCGGUUGCUGUCCCCAUUGGAAAAGCCAUCAAUGAUAUGCCACCACCGUCGAAAAAGCGUUGUCGUGAAAGCUCAAGAGUUCAAGUUGAUGUAAAGGAGGAUAUCAGUGAAGAUGUUACCCCGACUGCUAGUCCUACUUCAACAUCAACCACAACCGUCGACCAACCAUUUGUUCUACCCAAGCCGAAGAAGAGGGUCAUGGACGAAAACAAAUCAUCACAUGGACGUGGGCCCUACAUCCACAGUCUCUGUGGCAAGGGCUUUUCCAGCCGAUCUCGGGUCAAGAAGCAUCACUGGGGUAACAAGCUUGACAACCUGGAAACAACUACCGGCUGCUGGGCGAAGAACAACAAACCGAGCGUAAGCUGGAACGAACACCCGAGCUGCAAAGGAGGCAUGAUUCCGUCACGUCCGUUAGAACAGGCUCCCUCAGCUGCAUCCAAGAGGAAUGUGUCAGCAUAUAAGGCUCCGAUGGCGCCCUUGAUGGUACCUGAAUCGAAAGACUUUUCUCUAACCGUUGCCGAUACCCCUCAUCAAUACCAGGAGAACCAGCCCUAUUUCGAAGGCUUAAGCUCUUACCGUUCUCACCAGCUUCCCACUCGAACAAGUUUGGACAACCUGCUCACUGCUGUCAACGUCGCCUCCGAAAUUGACGCGCCACGACCGCAAGGACGUAUUGACUCGGUCGUCUCUCAUCUCGACGCCCAAGCAGCAGCAGCGGAAGACAACAAGCAGUAUAUUACCAACUGGCAAAGUGCUUGUGAUGAUCACGUUGUCGAGCCUUUUGCUCACGACCGACAACAUCCGUACACUAGCUAUGGACUCGGCCUCCAAGGUACUCAAGUACCAGUAAACAUGGCUCUGCCGGGUCUCAACGAGCUGUACCCAUACACUCUGCCUACACGUUCUUUUGCUGAUUCACACCGGGGUAAUGACCGCGAUUUGGUGUACGCUGGUGCCAACCGAGGCCACGCGACUCUCCGAUCACCUUCCUCGCCUGGUCCAGACGAAGAAGGCCGUCAGUUGUAG